AUGUACUGCGGGGCCGGGGGGUCACGGGACCCCAAAAACCCCCGGGAACCCCCCAAACUCCAGUCCCAUUGUUUUGGGGGCGUUCUGCCCGUGUGCCACCCGCUCUUCGCCCUGGCCACGGAGGACCUGAGCUGCUGGUUCCCCCCGAACCACCUGUUCACCGUGGAUGAAUCCCGCAGCCAGGUCGUGGUGUACAGGAUCAGGUUCUUCUUCCCCAACUGGUGCGGGCAGGGACAGUGCCACCGCUUCCAGCUGCUGAACGACCGGGCCAGCCCUGUCCUGGACUACCCUGUCAUUGAUUACCUGUUCGCCCAGUCCCGCAGCGAUUUCAUCGGGGGCCGCGUGGCCGUGGGGCUGAGCCUGCCCUCGCAGGAGCAGUGCCUGGGGCUGGCCGUGCUGGACAUGCUGCGCAUCGCCAAGGAGCGGCGGCAGAGCCCCGAGCAGCUCUGCAGCCACCUCAGGUGAGACGGGACCGAGUGGCCCUCGGGGAACAGCCCGGCAUGGCUGGGGACAGCCUGGAACCCAUGGGGACAGCCUGGAACCCCUGGG